AUAAGACUGUAAAAUGUACUAUGGAUUCAUUGAAAGGUUCCCCUAAAAAAGAAUCUGAAAAGAAACAACAGUACAUCUCCUUGAAAGAUGCAAAUAAGUGUGUUGAAUCUUCAGUGUGCUGGCCAACAAAGAGAGGCAUAACCAUAUAUGCCAAUCCAGACACACCAGCUGCAAGUGCUUCAUGUCAAAAGUCAAGUGAGAAGCCACUUAGAUCAGCUGAGAAGAAAGAAUACAAUGAGAAGAAUGGCUGUGUGAAAUUACUGCAGUUUUUAAACCCUGAUCCUUUGAGAGCUGAUGGAAUCUCUGAUGCACAGCAGGUAUUGCAACUCCCCCCACCCCCGCCGAAAGAAAGAAAACUGUUCACUCUUUAA